ACUAAGUAUAUGCCUAGACAAGUUCCCCCAUGCCUUUUACGCAAGUCAAACCAUUUCUCUCUAAACAAGAGAAGAGAAAGAGCAACAAUCAGAUAAGAAGGUAGCUAGAAAAAUAUAGAAAGUUCAGUCCUUAAUUAGUGAACUCUUUCUUUCUAGAAAUAGCUUGAAAGAGAGGGUUUAUCGAGAAAUGGGAAGGCCUCCAUGUUGUGAUAAAAUUGGUGUGAAGAAAGGGCCAUGGACUCCUGAAGAGGAUAUCAUUUUGGUUUCUUAUAUUCAAGAACAUGGUCCUGGCAAUUGGAGAUCUGUUCCUACUAAUACUGGUUUGCUUCGGUGCAGCAAAAGCUGCCGGCUCCGUUGGACUAAUUACCUCCGUCCAGGAAUCAAGCGAGGGAACUUCACUGAACAAGAAGAGAAGAUGAUCAUUCAUCUCCAGGCACUUCUUGGGAAUAGAUGGGCAGCAAUAGCUUCAUACCUUCCUCAAAGGACAGACAAUGACAUAAAGAAUUACUGGAAUACCCAUCUGAAGAAAAAGCUCAAAAAGAACCAAGGCGUAGAUGAGAACGAGAACACCCAAGAUUACUGCAAUAACAACAAUUCCUCAUCAUCUUCUCACCAAGCAAUCUCAAAGGGGCAAUGGGAGAGAAGGCUCCAAACUGAUAUCCAAAUGGCCAAACAAGCCCUCUGUGAGGCUUUAUCCAUUGACAAAUCCAAGGCCGCGGCCGAAUCAACGAACCAAGCGGCUAACCCGCGGGCCCCGCUGACCGCCCCCUACGCCUCAAGCACUGAAAACAUUGCCAGGCUGCUGGGGAACUGGAUGAAAAACUCGGGCCGGAACAAUGCAUCCCCAGCCCGGUCCAACUCGGAGACGGUCACAACCCAGACCGGGAUGGCCGGUUCGAGCUCUAGCCCGAGUGAGGGCAACUUUGAUCACUCAAUCUUCAGCUUCAACUCGUGCAACAACUCGGACGUCGUGUCCCAAGCUAUGUCAGCCAUCGACGAAAACGGCAGCGUUUUGCAGGUGGAGAGUAAGCCGAACUUCACGCCGGUGGUACCGCCCUUCCAACCCGGAGCGAAGCCGAUGAGCAGCGGUGCUGAGACACAAAUGCCCCUGACCUUGCUGGAAAAAUGGCUCUUUGAUGAUGCAGCAUGCAAUGUUCAAGCACAAGAUGAAUUGAUGAUGAGAAUGGGAGUUGACUUGGGUAUGCCCUUAGGUGAAACAGCUGAGUUGUUUUGAAGUCAUAUAUACAACACCAAAUUACAUAUAUGCAAAUAUAUAUGCAAUGUGUUAUGUGUGUGUAUAUAUGUCUUCCAAACAACUUCUAUCAUAGUUUACUUUUUACCUUUCCAUAUAUAUCUUAGGGUUUGAACUAUAUAUAUAUAUAUAUAUAUAUAUAUAUAUAUAUAUAUAUAUAUAUAUAUAUAUAUAUAUAUAUAUAUAUAUAUAUAUAUAUAUAUAUAUAUAUAUAUAUAUAUAUAUAUAUAUAUACAAAUUAUUAUCCUAGGGGUUACUUAGUUAAUUAUAAACGCUGGCCUAGAGCAGCAACUACGUCUGCUACUGGAUAAAAAUUGUAUAUUAAGAUGAUGUUUUUUAUUUAUUAGUCUCUAUAUCAAGUAUAUAUAGUGAUUGGGAAUAAUACAUGGAUCCGAGACCUUUUUUUCUGCAACAAUGAGUAUAAUCUAGCUUUUAGAACUUGUGCUAAUUAUGGUCAUACGGAAUAGUACUUUAGUAGUUAACACUUCC